AUGAAGGUGGUUGGCAAUAUGAUUCGUGACUUUGACCGUUUAGUUGAAGUGGCACCUCAUGUGGAGAUCACUGUGGAGGCCGAAGAGGCAAGGCAAAGGUCAAAGAGAGCAAGACAGUGUGAUACUAGGAGUGACACGGGUUCUUCCAAGAGGUCCAGGGGUUCAUCAUCAUCUUGGCAAUCAUCUCCACAACAACCUAAAUCUUCAAGUUAUGUUUCAGGUGGGAGAUCGAGAAACAUGCCCCAAGUUACCCAUGCAUUUUAUAGGUGUGGCCAAACGGGUCACAAGGCAGUGGAGUGUGGACAGAAGGGUGGAGCACGGUCUCAGCCUAUGCGUCCACAGAGUCAAUCUCAAAAUAGGAGCCAACCACAAUCUUGUUAUCAAUGUGGACAACCUGGACAUUUGAAGAAGUUCUGUCCGUAG